GGCUUCAUUUCUUGCCUUAGUGAGGAUUAUACUUACGUAUACAUGAAGCUGUGUAUACAAAUAUGUAGAAUAAAUUAUAGGCAUACAUGAAUUAUGUACAUAAAUACAUACAUACAUACAUAUAUGUAGUAUAUCUAUAAACACAUACAUAUUAAUCACCGAAAAUUAUUCAGUUUGCUCAGAGUAUAGCCGGAUUCCCAUCUCUAAAUUACUUCAGAAAAUUCCCACAAAUCCCAGUAUUAUUCCCAAUCAAACCCUUUCCGACGUCAAGAUUCCAAUAAAAGAGCUUUGAUUGAACAGUAAGCAGAGUUGAUUCAUCAAAACAGUCAAUCAUGAGGAAGAGGGAGAGGGAGAAUCCAUGUGGGGUUUGUGGGCACUACCACAAAUACGAGGAGGGGGAGGUGUGCGGCGUCUGCGGCCACCGCAUGCCCGCUGUCUCCGAUAAAUCCGCCGCGUCCUCCGUCCAAUUCAGCGCCUUCCCGUCGGAGAUCUUGCCCGAGUUCCUUUACUUGGGCAGCUACGACAAUGCUGCCCGCGCUGAGCUUCUCAAGACUCAGGGCAUCACCCGGGUCCUCAAUACUGUGCCUGCUUGUCAAAAUUUGUACAAAAACUCGUUUACAUACCACUGUCUCCAAUAUGAACAAAAAUUGCCAUUUGAUGAUGCAAUUCAAUUUCUUGAACAAUGCGAAAAAGAUAGGGCUCGGGUGCUCGUGCACUGCAUGUCUGGCAAAAACAGGUCGCCUGCUAUAGUAAUGGCUUACUUGAUGAAAAGCAAAGGUUGGAAACUUGCCGAGAGUUAUCGAUGGGUGAAAGAACGCAGACCUUCAGUUGAACUAAAUCAAGACGUCUACCAGCAAUUACAAGCAUAUGAGCAAAAGAUUUUUGGUUCAAUCGAGAACAGCGGUAUCGGCAUGCCGAACCUAUCGCCUUCCAGUCUGGGAUCCUUCAGCUUUGGCUUCUCAAGGCCAAACGAUCCACCAAUUCCUGUUCCUGUUUUCAGUAAUAUUGGCGGUGCCUCAAUAUUUUCCCGUCCCCAACUUGAUAUCCCUCCUCAGGAAUUUACUUUUGGAGCUGGGCCAACUCAGAAGAACACUUCAGAUGAUGCUUCUUUUAAAACCAACACAAAUACUCCUGCUGUUAACGAUAUCACCAUGGAUGGUUCUUGACGAUUUAGCUUCUGAUCCUACAUUCCAUUAAAACAGAGUCAUUGGUUGAAGGUCAGGUUCGUCUCCAGCCCUUAAGUUUCUACAUGAAAGCUUAUGCAAGGUGGAAAUACUGAUCGCCGAGGUCCCGUGGAGCCUGUGAUGUACUGGAGUGUAUUAGACAACACCACACCUCAUUCCUGAGUCUAUAUACAUGCAAUCCCUUCAGGAUUUGUGUUAAUGAAUUUGAGUUGUUCAAUGAUGUUUGUUUGGACAGUAUAAAGGACCAGCUACAAUGCCUUGCCUCCCUUACUCAAGUGAACUAUUUCUGGAUGACUAUCAGUAUUAUCUCAUAAGCUUAUAAAUUUCCUCCUACUAUAA